AUGUCGUCCAAACGUCCAUUUCCCUUCGAAAAUGAAUCCGAAAAGGAGCACAAGAAAAGAAAUCUGAACUCUUCAUCACAUGAGAAAAUCUCCAAAUUAUUGAUUGCAUUAGAAGAGCUUCUUCAUGAGAGUGGAGUGGGCGAAGUUGAAGCUGUGAUAGGCAAGACGGCAUUCUCAGGAGCCAUUGAGCUUCGGAAUAUAUUACGAAACCAAGACCAGCCAAAGCUAAACGAUCAUAACCCUACGAUUGAAAGUUCAUCUCAGGAAUCUGACAUUCGAAACGUAGGCAAAACAAUAUCGACUUUGCAGCUCACGCCAUGGACUUCAUCUUCGAUUCCGUCUGAACUUCCAUCCCUCCCUACAGUGUCUGAUCCUACCCUUGAGGUGGCAGCAUUCACUCACCAUGGCUAUGGUUCUGGUAAGGUUUAUGAUUUGAGCUACGAGCGCCUGGAAUGGGUAGGAGAUGCUUAUCUCUACACUGCUUCCACACUUCUCAUCUCACAGACCUUUCCUGCUUUACUACCUGGAAAGUGCUCUCAGCUUCGCGAAAGACUUAUCAAAAACGUUACUUUAGCGGAUUAUGCACGAAAAUAUGGGUUCGAAAAGCGCGCCAGACUACCAGAAUCACUUUUAGCUGGAGCUAGAUAUACCUCAAAAGACCAGGACAAUAUCAAAAUUAUGGGAGAUAUCUUUGAGUCAUAUGUCGCGGCUGUAAUACUCUCAGAUCCGGUAAACGGGGUAGCACGUGCAUCGGAAUGGUUGAAGAGUCUGUGGGCUAUGACAUUGUCGAAAGAGAUCAAAGAAGAAGAGCGCAAUGAGAAGAAAAUGGAUAGUCCGUUGUGGAGGCUAAGAGGAGCAGUUGAUUGUGUUGAAGCACAUCAUAUUACUGAAGUCGAAUUCAAUCCCAAAGAGAAAUUGCAGAAAGUGCUAGGCUCUAAAAUCAGCAAAUUGUUGUACAAAGAUAUCGGAGCACCACGGAAGGACAAGAAUACCAAACUUCCAGUCUUUUCAAUCGGGGUUUUCCUUACCGGAUGGGGUGAAGACGACAAGCAAAUUGGGUUCGGAAGUGCAAAUGGCAAGAAAGAGGCUGGCUGGAAAGCAGCGGAUAUGGCAUUGAAGAACAAAAAGAUGAUGUCUAUGUAUAUGGAGAAAAAGAAAAUAUAUGAUGCACAACAGGAAAGGGAAAGGAUAGCACUGGAGAAACAAGAAGAAAGCCAUCAAUAA